AUGUCUGGACCGCUCCACCUGAAACUCAACUGCAUUGUCUUGGGCGAUGAUCCUCGCCAUAUUUUCCCAGUCAACAUUGAGCGGACGAAGACUGUUGGUGACCUCAGAGAGGUCAUCAAAGACAAGACAAAGCGGCAAUUUGACGAUGUUGACGCUCACUGUCUUGAGCUAUGGAAGGUCGACCUGCCCGUCAACGAGACAAUUGAGCACAAUCUCAACAAUCUUACACUUGACCCAAUGAAAUCCCUAUCACCUGUGGAUGAAAUGGUCAAGAUUUUUCCCAAUGCUCCUCCGCACAAGUAUCUGCAUAUUAUUAUCCAAUACCCGCCUGCCGUCGACGUUGAGUGGACGAAGACCAUUGGUGACCUCAGAAAUGUUAUCAAGGACGCGAAGAAGCCAGAGUUUGACCAUGUUGCCGCUGACCGUCUUGAGCUAUGGAAGGUCAAGAUCAACUUGAAUGAUACACACUUCUGCAACGUGAUCAUAGAUGAAGGCAUCGAGCUGCACCCGUUAACCGAGCUGUCCGAUGUGUUUGCAGAUGGAAUAGAGCGCGGAUCUGUUGAUCGACGAAUCGCUUAUCUCAAGAAGGGCGUGGGUACUCUGUCAGCUGGUGCAACACCAUCCGCAUUCUCUACAAAGCAGGACCAGCAAGAGUACCUUUGCAAUCGUCCUCACAGAGCCGCAGACCCUCUUCUGGUUACUCUUCUUGAGCCUAUCUUCACCGAGUUCGUGGACAAUUGUCAAAAUCAUCAACCGACUGUCCGAGACAACGACUUUGUUUUGCAACUUUCGGAAAAGAUGGCCUCCUUCUAUCCCAAUGAGCUCACGCGGAUGAAUACAUUCCGGCAAGUGCUCUGCGACUACAGUAUUAUACUCAAUGCUUCUAUGGUUGGCUUGACAGGAUGUACGACGGACAGACAUCUUUUGUCUACCAACAGAAAGUUUGUGCAGGUGAUAAUUGAGGGGAAGAACAAGAUUGGAAGUGGCACUGCCAAACCAUUUGUGGAGGCGAUGUUGUACUACCACAAGUUUAUGGAAGACUCAAAGAUUGAGAUAGCAAGGCUCAGGUCUUUCAUUCCAUGCAUCCAUGUCAUUGUCUUCGGGGCAUGCAUCGGCUUUGCAGGCUCUGUUUUCACAGAAAAGGUCCAGUCCAAUGUCCUGGUCCCUAUCAUUCCUCUGUUUUGGCAUUCAACAGACCUCCGUAUGCAAGCGAUGGCGGCUCGUACUUUCGGGGCUCUCAAAAUUGCCGUCGACAAACUUACAAAUCUGUACUCCUGUCCAAUCCUGUCCCUUGAACCCGAAGAUCCAUAUCUAAAAUGUCCUUACCCUCGGAGUUAUACCGAUUCAACCGGUUACAUCCAGGAAUUCUCGUAUGAUGAGACUCAAAUCCUCCAGGAUCAACUUAUCUUCUUUGGGGAAACCGUCGGUGAUGUGGCCGGGAGCAAGAUAUGCAUCAAGUUCGUUAGGCACUAUUCCCCUCAGGCCCACAAAUUCUGUGCCAGCAAGGGGAACACUCCCAAACUUAUCGCCUACAAUUCUUUACCCAGUGGCUGGAAUAUGCCGCUGAAGGAUGCCAUCACCUCUCUCAUCCGGGAGUUACACGAUCACAAUGACGGCUACGUUCAUGGCGACCUUCGAGAUACCAAUUUCGUCGUGCGAGACGACAAACACUUCAUGCUGCUCGAUUUCGAUUGGGCUGGACCGAUCUGGAAGACCCAUUAUCCUAUGUAUGUCAAUCAGAAGGAUAUUCGACGUCCUGACGGUGCGUCAGAUGGGCAGAAGAUUGUGGCGGAGCAUGACUUGGAUAUGCUGAAUUAUCUAUUUCAUCCUGAGCAAGAUGACAGUCGGGAGCCAGCUGCAAAGCACCGCCAUAUAUUUGGUGAAGGGUCGCUAAUGGCCAUUUGA